GGGCGGGGCGGCGCGGGCCAGCAGAUGCGGCUGGAGGCGCGCGGGAGCAGGGUGCGAGCAGGGCGCAGCCGCGAGGGAGGCGCGGGGGAGGCCAGCGGGAACCGGGGAGCCAGCAGCAGCCUGUGUCGGCGGAGAGCAGCCAGGCGCAGCCGGAGCCGCAGUCGCGAUGGCCGUGGCUGUGGGGAGACCGAGCAAUGAAGAGCUUCGUAACUUAUCGCUUUCGGGCCACGUCGGAUUCGACAGUCUUCCUGACCAGCUGGUCAACAAAUCCACCUCUCAAGGAUUCUGUUUCAACAUCCUGUGUGUGGGUGAGACGGGUAUUGGCAAAUCCACGUUGAUGGACACUUUAUUCAACACCAAGUUUGAAAGUGACCCCGCUACUCACAACGAGCCAGGUGUCCGGUUAAAAGCCAGAAGUUACGAACUUCAGGAAAGCAACGUACGGCUGAAGCUAACCAUUGUCGACACGGUGGGAUUUGGAGACCAGAUUAAUAAAGAUGACAGCUACAAGCCGAUAGUGGAAUAUAUUGAUGCCCAGUUUGAGGCCUACUUGCAAGAGGAAUUGAAAAUUAAACGUUCUCUCUUCAACUACCAUGACACGAGGAUUCACGCCUGCCUUUACUUCAUCGCCCCCACGGGCCACUCCCUGAAGUCCCUGGACCUGGUCACCAUGAAGAAGCUAGACAGCAAGGUGAACAUCAUUCCAAUAAUUGCAAAAGCGGACACCAUUGCCAAGAACGAAUUGCACAAAUUCAAGAGCAAGAUCAUGAGUGAACUCGUCAGCAACGGAGUCCAGAUUUAUCAGUUCCCCACAGAUGAGGAAACGGUGGCCGAGAUUAAUGCAACGAUGAGCGUCCACCUCCCCUUUGCGGUGGUUGGCAGCACUGAAGAAGUGAAGAUUGGCAACAAGAUGGCCAAGGCCAGGCAGUACCCUUGGGGAGUGGUGCAGGUGGAGAAUGAAAACCACUGUGAUUUCGUAAAGCUGAGAGAGAUGCUGAUCCGCGUGAACAUGGAGGACUUGCGAGAGCAGACGCACACGCGUCACUAUGAGUUGUACCGGCGCUGUAAGCUUGAGGAAAUGGGCUUCAAGGACACCGAUCCCGACAGCAAGCCCUUCAGCCUUCAGGAGACGUAUGAAGCCAAAAGGAACGAGUUCCUGGGUGAGCUGCAGAAGAAGGAGGAGGAGAUGAGGCAGAUGUUUGUGAUGAGAGUGAAGGAGAAAGAGGCGGAACUGAAGGAGGCCGAGAAAGAGCUUCACGAGAAGUUUGACCUCCUGAAGCGGACACACCAAGAGGAGAAGAAAAAGGUGGAAGACAAGAAGAAGGAGCUUGAGGAGGAGGUGAGCAACUUCCAGAAGAAGAAGGCGGCGGCUCAGCUUCUGCAGUCCCAGGCCCAACAGUCUGGGGCCCAGCAAACCAAGAAGGACAAGGAUAAGAAAAACUGACCAUCUGCCUCUUGAGAGAAAGAAGUGGGCAUCUUCCUUUAAGUUCAGCAGCCGUUUUUAUUUGACUCUGUUACCUGCACCCCUUAUAUAAACUGUCUGGAGAGGGAGUUCUGUUUGUUUUGGGGGUGGGGAUUCCAACUAGCCAGUCCUGCUUUAUGUAUUUGUUAUUCAAACUUAGUUUUGGUAUCAAAAAUUAUGCCAGUCUUAAGCUCACUUCAAGGGGAAGUACUAUUAAUUUUAAGGCUCAAAAUUCUGUUUAAUAUGUUCUUAUCUUAGAUGCAAUUUGAAUAUGCCCCUUUUUGUUACUAGAGUUUUGAUCUACAAGUCUUAAUUACAUUUGAAUUGUGCCAGUGUUGGGUAAAUGACUUUUCUGCCUCUGAGGCUCAAUUUAUAUUUAAAGAUAUCUUAAAAUAACUUCUGGCCCGUCCCUGCCUUUCUGUUCUUACCUCCUGUCCAUGGUUUUUGUUUUUUUUUUAAAUCAUGAAUAAUGCAUAUAUCCCUUCACCCACGAACUUCAUCGGUAACAAUGGUUCAAUUCCUGUCUUCUCAGAGGGAUUCACAUGGCUUUUCCCCUAUACUAUCUGCUAGGAAUCAAAGCAUUUGCACCAGAUUACUUAAAGCCCGCCCACAUCCAGAAACACUUGUGCCAGUUGAGUGAGCUCGUGAUUUCCAGGGCAGACCUGUCUGUCAGGCUCAAGGCUAGGACACUUAGUCACCUCUCAGACAGAAGUCAAGGCCUAUCUAGUGUCAAGAAAGUUACCUUCCAAAUUCACUACUUGCUAUUGCUUUGCUUUUUUGCAUCUUAAAAUAUUUUCAUCUCCUAUAUAGGAGGUAGCUCAUGGCACUAGUGUGAGUUACAUUUGGUCAGAAUCCUUUGGAGUGGUCCCCUCCGUAAGAAAGGUACAGUGCUUCUGUGGGUCACUGAAGACAGCAGUCCUUAUCAUUCUGAUGGCUGGAAAGCAACUGGAUGCAUUUGUUGGCAAGCAGCUUGCAUUCCUAGAAAGUGUUCCUAACUGUAAGUAAAGUCAGUUCCACUGGAGCUAGCAAGAGACCCAAAUGUGCCUUCACGGUGUACAGUGGCAGAAAUUCAGUGCUGCAGGUACCAACUUUGAUGCCAGACUAUUGCUGUUAAACGUGAGGUCAUGCUGAAACCACUAAGUAUAAUUCACUUAAUUCUUAACUUCUUUCAAUCAUUUAAUAUCAAUUUUAUACUAUAUCAUUUGUUUUGAAAAGCAUUCUGUUUCAGAUCAUAGUGUGAGCAAUGUUUAAAAAUCAAGUCUGAAAGCGGAGUUCUGCCUAAGAAGACUGUCUAGUUUCACUUCUUUCCCCUUCAUUCAUCCUCCUGGGACCAUGGAGUUUGAAGCAGGCUAGCUUCUUCAGUGACCAUGUUGACUCUGGUUGUGGAACUCCUUAUGACCUGCCUCCUAAGCAUUUUGCUUCAGAUGGCUCCUUUUCUCUUAUGUUGGCAAAACUGGUGGGUCCUCAGGUCUUCCUGUGAAAUUAUGCUGAGGACAAUCACCAGCAAUAAUAAACAUGCUAGCUUAUCCUAAUCUAGAUUGUGGGGAAGAAAAAGAGAACCAAGCCACUAGAACCUGUUUCUGAUGGCAACAGCCUUUUUAUUUUUCACUCGAACUUCAAAAAAUAUUACUUAAUUUCAAAUAUUUGCUUAUCUAGGUAUAUAAAGUCUAGGUGUUCUGCUUGAGACCAGCACAGUACAUUAUGAAAGAGAAUUAUGUCCUGAAUUAGUGUCUGCUGAGCUGGGGCAAUUAGAAAAAUAAAGGCACACAUCUCAGUAUGCUUGACCAAACAUCCAGACAUUUCAGCAUCGAUGGCACCCAUUAUACAGAACUUUUAGUUGUUUUUGUUCACCACUGAGAGACUACAGGACAAUCACUUCUGUUUAAGAAAUACAACUGUGCCCAUAUUUAAUGACCUACACAAAGCCUUUUGCUUUGCAAAUACUAUCUUUCUCCCAUGGAGAUCAACAGGGUACUGUGGCUCCUUCAAAGAUCCUUGUGCUUGAAUGUUUAUAGUGACACCUAGUCCUUUAUGUCUGCUACCAUCUAGCUUUCAGAUCAGUCACUAGCAAGCAACUACCGUACUCAGACUAGUGAAAGGAAUCAAUGUGUUCAUUUGAGCUAACUGCCCAUUCCCUCCCGAUUCAGCCUCACUAUUCCCAACCUGCAGAUGUCUGCAGAACAUCACGAGAGAUGCAGAAAUUCCAUGCCUGCCUCAUUGUUGGUGGUUCCUUUCAGUCCUCUGUGGAAACAAAACUCUGGCUGCCAAAUGAGUGGAGCAGAGACUGUUACCAUGAGCUUGACCUUUUCCCUCAAAGCACAACUUAGUGUGUUUGAAGAAUGGAGUAACAUAACAUAAAAAGCUGGGCUCAGCAUGUUUUCUCUGUGAGAUUCGGGUGACAGCUCUCCUUCCUAGCUGUAUCUAUUCCUUUCCCCUGAAUACUGUAUUCUGUACCAUGUACCCAGCCCACAUCAGGAGCUAAGGAUGUAGCCACAUCUUUUCUUUACUUAUCCUUCAGUGUACCUCCUAAGCACAGCAAGGGUUUGGAGCAGAAGGAAAGGGGUGCCAUGUCUCUUGCUCAUUCAUCAGUACAAAUCUUAUUCUGAAAAGCAAUAGGGCUCCAUCCUCCCACAAGCACAUUUCGUGGCUGUUUGCUAACACUGGUUUUCAUUCUGUAGUGUCCUACUCUUAAACUGUUUCCACUAAACGAGCAGCAAGUUCGCUGCACAUAGAGGUGUUCUUUUUCCUUCUUAGCUACAUGUAACACAAUAAGCUUAAAAUAGUUCUGGCAUUUGAUAGACUAUGAAGGUUAUACCGAGUCAAGAGUUCUUUUUAUUCUCAACCCAGAACUUUGACAGCAGGUAAGACAUUCUUGGUUACUUGUUAAUGCCUAUUUUUUUUUCCAAGAGUAACAGAGCGGGCCCAAGCAGUUUAUCUCUGUCUUACGUCUGCAUCUUAUACAUCGGUGUAUCCAAAAACAAAUCAAUCACGAAUAGAAAACUUUAAUUCCUUAAUGACAACUGUCCUAAAUGUAUGAACUUCAUCUCUUAUGUCCUAAUGAUCGGUUAAAUUCAACUCAAACCAAAAGCAGCAAGACCCUGGGCUCUGGAUGCCUUCACACUCUAUUUCUAAUGUUCUUUGUGGAACUACACACAACUUAUUCAUCAGGGCACUUGAUGUAUACUAGUGGUUCUGAGUUAUUUGCUUGAGACUUGGUAUGUAUGUAACAAGCCCACACCUAUAUUAUACCUUAAGCCAUGUACAACUGCAACCACAAAAGCCAAUGAGAUGGCAGACCCGAGCCCUAGCUUGGGACCCCAAUGAUGGAAGGAGAAAACCAAGUGCUUCCAGUUGUCUUCUGACCUCUAUCCAUACACACACCACAGUAAACACACACCCCGAAAUGGACUAAAUUAUAACCACAAAACACUGGGAUGUAUCAGGAGGGACUUAGUAACCAGGUGAUUGAGCAUUUAUCUGCCUACUAGUACCAUAGUCAAUCCAAACAAUUCAGUUUCUCACCAAGUUAAAAAUGACUUACUCUUUUCCUGAGCACCGUCUAGUGGGCAGAACUCAAAUCAUUAUUUAAUAAUGGGUAUAGGAGACCUCAUUAACAUAGCUUAAAAGUUCAAGAACUUGGGAGCUUUCAGAAAUAGCAUUCCUGUUAGAACUUCCUGUUAGGUAAAAGGUGAAGAUGUGAGAUACUUUCAAGAUAACAUCAUUCACCCCUCAAUGUUUAUGGUAUGAAGAUAUUCACCUCAGGAUGGUGAGAACAUUGACAAAGAACCUUCCCUCUCCCCUUGAGAGCAUGCUGGAGGAGCAUGAUAGUGUAAACCACAUUUUCUCUUCAAGGGAGAGGCUGUUACAUUGCUUUGGGCAGUGAUGCUCAAGUACAGCUUGCUUCAUUUCAGAAUCUUGAGUAAAGCAGGCAUGUCAAGGAGACAGCAGCCACUGGGACAGUUCUUAAGCAGGCAAGCAGUAAGGUGGGAACCUGUGAAUUCUCACCACCAUCCAUCAGCCAACCAUGGUGUCAGAAACACCAAGAAAUGUAUGGGACCUUCCAGUUGGGGUAUGGACCACUGUCCCAGCUCCCCUUACUCUUGUAGAGAAAGCAUUCUGCUCUCCACUGAUAACCAACUUCUCACCCAUCUUUUAGAGGACGCAGUCAAUCACAUCUAGUUUCAACCUGCAAAUCCUGCUUUUUCUGGAGAUUUCAUUACAUUGGUUAGCAUGCCCAUCCUUUGACAGCCUCCUUUCUGGAAGAUUCAAGGAUGAUGCACCUUUUAACCACCAGGAGGCAGCAGACAAUUACAACAGAAGCUAAAGCCUCUGAACCUUGGUAGUUUGCAAUGCAAUACCAAGAAGUAACCUGAGCAGCUUAAGGCAGACUAAGAAAAGCUCCAAGUAAAGCAACAAAUAUUCUUAAUACUGGAAUAUUCUUCACUGAAAUGCUAGUUUGCUUUGGGUCUCAGGCUGAAGUUCUGGAGAGUGGAUUUUGAGGGAUGGUUGAGGGCUCCAGAUAUUUACUAGAUUUAGCUGAAAGGAGAGGAACUUUCAACUAUAACCACUGAACCAAACCAAGAGCUCACUUGUUACAGUGUCCCAUGGAAACAAUACUCCAAACUCACUCUACUGGUUUUCAAGAUGAGAUCUCACUACUGCCUGGGCAGCCCAGACUAAAGCAGUGUUCUUGUCUCUGCCUCUUUAGUAGCUAGGACCACAGUUGCAUGCCAGCACCAGGUUACCAUCAGCAUUAGGAAACCUGAAGAUCAAAUAGCUAAAGUCCUACUAUCUCCAGCUUUUGCACUUUGCAGCUUCUGGAUUAUAGAUUAGCUAUGCAGACUUUUAGACUUAAGUUUUAAACCAUCUGAGUGUGUGUGUGUGUGGGGGGACUCCAAUCAUAUCAUAAACAUUAUGAACCUGGAGCUCCCAUGAUUCAGAAUCAAGAAAGCUGAAAGUCAGAAUAAUUUUAUAAAAAUAUCUGAGUAAUUCCUUGCACACAAACCAUUUUUUCACUUUUCCCCACCUCUCCCAACUCCCAUCCUUACACACAUAAUGCUUCCCCAAUUGGAUUUUUAAGGUCAUAUAAAAUGUGCAGUUAAGUCUUCCACAAGUUUCUAAAAAGAUGCUGACCUGGAGACACUCUUGUUCUGCUAAACUUAAAAUCAAUGAGCUCAAAAUAUUACCUAUAUGUAGGCUAGAGUCUGCCUUCAUAGACCAUCCCAUUAACCAGUUGUUAACUGUAAGGUUCACAGCUCACCAGCAAGAAAACACUAAAGGGCACACCCUGUGGUCAAAGAUUGCUCUUAAGUUUUUUACUGCUUUCCUUGGUUGAAAAUGAAGUGCCCAAGAAGUCAGAAACCAUACCUUCCCAUAAAUAAGAAAAGAUCCUAUAGAAACCAAGGUUAAGGACAACAUUUUAUUGCUACCAGAGGCUUUAUCACCAGUCCAUGGUUCAGACUACAGUGCCUUCUUCAGACUGCAAAGGGAGCUCAGGGUACAGAAGUCACUCAGAGAAAAACAAGGGGAAUAACUUCUUAUCAAGAAAAUCCUGACAGCUUAAUAUAAACUAGGGUACUGAAUUCAAUUAUAAGUUAGACUCAAAUCAGGGCUGCCCCAUAGCUAGACAGUUGCUCCUA